UCGGAGAUGUUGCCCAGGACUUGGUGCACUCGUUCGACGGCGCAAAUAUUGCUGUGUCUUGUCGAGAUGGGUUUGUAAACCAUCCGAAUUGCCAAUUUGGUUGGAGUUGACUUUCUCACUCAGCACUGUUUCCGUCUUCAAGACGAUGAAAUUAUUCACUCCAUCAACAUGGUCCAGAACUACGCCUCCCCCUGAUCCGGAGACGAAACUUCACGUUGCCCCUCCUAAUGCCGACCAUGCCGCGGGUGCUGUCCUUUGGGGCCGUGGUCCGACCGAACGUUUUAUGUACACAUCUUCAGAAGCCCAUGAUUCUGAUGGGGCGGGCAAGGACCAAGGUUUCCACCGUGCACAUGAUAUAUCACGAGGUCGAGUGCUAUUUCCUUUCAGUGCUGAUGAGUCGGGUGAUGCAGGAGCCGUCAGUCCAGAUGGGAGCACUUAUGUUUUGAUCACAUGCGGUGAGAACAAUCGACAUCCUAUAAGGUUGUACGAUGUGGCCCGCAAGUCGGGACAUGCUAUCGCCGAAACAACGCUCGAGCCAUCAGCCUCACAGGUCGCUACUUUUGAAGCCACAACAGCCACGUUCUCUUCUGAAGGUCGUCUACUUGCGGUGGCGCGCUCAGACAAUGCCGUGCACAUGUAUGACAUUCGCGCGCUAACCAAAGGACCCCUUGCCGCAUUCAGACAUGAGGAGUUAGAUGCAGUAGGUUCGACCGGGUAUGGUGCUGUUCAUGCAUGCUGGGUCGAGGGGCGCGAUCGGCGGCGAGUUGGCAUUGUCAGCGGGGGCAACGACGGGUGUGUGCGAGUAUGGGAUCCGUUGAUUGCCUCGUCGGACAAGUCCCAGGGUAAAGUGCUGGCGCGCACAGAGUUCGAUGUCGCAUACUUUGCCAUGGGUGAUAUGUGGAUGGGAGAGAAACCGCUUGUUCUUGGCCAUUGUGGUGGAGGUCUCUAUGUUUAUGACCACUUGGAUGCUGAUGGCCUACCGAUAUGUUGAACUAUUGGUAUUCAGUAGCAAAACACCCUGUUUUCCGCAUCGCACACCGGACGUGUAUACUUAUAUCACUGGAUGAGAAGACUCUGAUUUUCCCACGGUACCACUGGACGAUUAGAUAUACACAAGUUCGCCUGA